CUAACUUGACGCACCGUCCCGGACCUCAGCAUCCAGCAUCCUCCAGGCCACAGAGAACUGACCAGUAGCGUCAUAUAUAGGUGUGGUGUUUCUUUAUUCUAGCUGUGGUGGAGUGUGGUUGUCAUCAUGGGGGAACUGUUCAGGAGCGAGGAGAUGACCCUGGCCCAGCUCUUUCUCCAGUCAGAGGCAGCCUACUGCUGCGUCAGUGAGCUGGGAGAACUGGGCAUGGUCCAGUUUAGAGAUUUGAAUCCGGACGUAAACGUGUUCCAGCGCAAAUUUGUGAAUGAAGUGAGGAGAUGUGAGGAGAUGGACAGGAAACUGAGGUUUGUGGAGAAGGAGAUCAAGAAAGCUAAUAUCCCAACUGUGGACACUGGAGAAAAUCCAGAGGUGCCUUUUCCCAGGGACAUGAUUGAUCUCGAGGCCACCUUUGAGAAGCUGGAGAAUGAACUGAAGGAGAUCAACACCAACCAGGAAGCCCUGAAGAAGAACUUCCUGGAGCUGACGGAGCUCAAACACAUCCUCCGUCGAACACAGCAGUUCUUUGAUGAGAUGGAGGAUCCCAACCUGCUGGAGGAGUCAUCAGCCCUGAUGGAGGGUAGUGAGGGGGGCCGCGGGGCCCCGCUCAGACUGGGGUUUGUGGCUGGAGUGAUCAGCAGGGAGAGAAUUCCAACUUUUGAGAGGAUGCUGUGGAGAGUGUGUCGCGGUAAUGUCUUCUUAAGGAAGGCAGAGAUUGAGGACCCUCUGGAGGACCCUGCCACGGGAGACCAAGUCCACAAAUCAGUCUUCAUCAUCUUCUUCCAAGGUGACCAGCUGAAGAACAGGGUGAAGAAGAUCUGUGAGGGGUUCCGUGCCUCACUCUACCCUUGUCCAGAGACCCCACAGGAAAGGAAGGAGAUGCUGGCUGGAGUAAAUAGCCGCAUCGAGGACCUUCAGAUGGUGCUCAACCAAACAGAGGACCACCGUCAGCGAGUGCUGCAGGCUGCCUCCAAGACCAUGCGGGUAUGGUUCAUCAAGGUGAGGAAGAUGAAGGCCAUCUACCACACACUCAACCUGUGCAACAUCGACGUCACCCAGAAGUGUCUGAUCGCUGAGGUGUGGUGUCCCGUCUCAGACCUGGACUCCAUCCAGUUCGCUCUGCGCAGGGGGACCGAGAGAAGCGGCUCCACAGUGCCGUCCAUUCUCAACAGGAUGCAGACCAAGCAAACUCCACCUACUUUCAAUAAGACCAACAAGUUCACGUCAGGCUUCCAGAACAUCGUUGACGCCUACGGCAUUGGGAGCUACCGGGAAAUCAAUCCAGCUCCAUACACUAUCAUUACUUUCCCCUUCCUGUUUGCGGUGAUGUUUGGUGACAUGGGUCAUGGCCUUCUGAUGACCUGCGCUGCUCUCUACCUGGUCAUCCGAGAGAGUCGCCUCCUCGCCCAGAAGCGUGACAACGAGAUGUUCAACAUGGUGUUUGCUGGUCGCUACAUCAUCCUGCUGAUGGGGAUCUUCUCCAUGUACACUGGAAUCAUCUACAACGACUGCUUCUCCAAGUCACUCAACAUGUUCGGCUCUGGAUGGAGCGUCAGGCCCAUGUUUGGCCCCAAAGGAGCCAACUGGUCGUUUGAGACCCUUGAUGAAAAUGCAGUUCUCCAGUUAGACCCAGCUGUUCCUGGUGUGUUCAACGGGCCUUAUCCACUCGGAAUUGAUCCGAUCUGGAAUGUUGCUACCAACAAGUUGACCUUCCUGAACUCAUUCAAGAUGAAGAUGUCCGUAAUCCUGGGCGUCAUCCAUAUGCUGUUUGGAGUAUCUCUCAGUCUCUUCAACCACCUAUACUUCAAGAAGCCGCUGAACAUCUUCCUGGGCUUCAUCCCAGAGAUCGUCUUCAUGUCCACUCUGUUUGGCUACCUCGUUCUGCUGGUCUUCUACAAGUGGACAGCCUAUGACGCAUACACCUCCAAGGAUGCGCCCAGCCUGCUCAUCCACUUCAUCAACAUGUGUCUGUUCAACUACAACGACCCCACCAGCAAGCCCCUCUACAGGGGACAGAUGGGGAUCCAGGUUUUGUUGGUGCUGAUUGCCCUUGCAUGUGUUCCCUGUAUGCUGAUUGUGAAAACUAUGGUGCUUCGGCGUCAGCACCUGUGGAAAAAGCACCUGUCCCAGAAGAGGGAAGAAACCCCUGCAGAGAAUCUAGAGCAGUCUUUAGAGCAAACAGGCGUGUCCUCAUCAUGCACCGGACUCACCCAACAGGGCACGCAGAAGUUCGGAGGGGUGCGGGUGGGCAACGGGCCCACGGAGGACGAGGCUGGCAUCAUGGACCACGACCAGCUCUCCCAGCACUCAGAGGAAGGAGAUGAGCACUCAGAAGAAGAACCGUUUAACUUUGGUGACGUAGCUGUCCACCAAGCCAUCCACACCAUAGAGUACUGCCUAGGAUGCAUCUCCAACACAGCCUCCUACCUGCGCCUCUGGGCCCUCAGCCUGGCUCAUGCACAGCUGUCUGAGGUGCUCUGGUCCAUGGUGAUGCACCUGGGUCUGUCGUCCCGGAGCGGAGGCGGGUUCUUUGGCCUGUCAAUCAUCUUCUCGGCCUUCGCCACCCUGACUGUUGCCAUCCUGCUCAUCAUGGAGGGGCUGUCAGCCUUCCUGCAUGCCCUGCGUCUGCACUGGGUGGAGUUCCAAAACAAGUUCUACUCUGGCCAGGGCUUCAAGUUUGUCCCCUUCUCAUUUGAGAGCAUCUUAGAGGGACGAUUUGACGAGUGAUCAGCUCCUCCAGCAGAGUCCCCACCCUUCCCUCUUCUCUUCUGUGUUUGUGUGCAUGAGCCCAAGUGCAGCCCUCUGUCACCCUCUAGUGGUCAUUUGUGGAACUUGUACUGUGUAAUGAACGAUAAUGUGGUCCUUGUGAAGGGUUUUUCCAGUGCAUAUGUGCCAAGCUGUACCCAUACUGGAGCUUCUAUUGCUGUGGCACAGUACCAUCACUGUACUCAGCACUCAGCACGUUCACCACUGCUCUAACAACAUCUCCUCUGCCAGCUUUCCUCCUAAGAUACCCAUUACCAAACACACUCGGCGGGGUCUGUGUUCUUGUAGACGAAAUUGGCUUAAAGGCAGUAGUGGACAAGUCGCCAUUACAGCAGUGGCACAGCACUCAUAUAUACACCCAUAACAUUGUAAUGUAUGCAAAGUGCUGUUUUCCAAGAAAUCUGUCCUGUAAUACCUGUUAGGUUUUGAAAGUAUAGUCACAUUAAGGUUCUAAUCUACAAAAUGUAAACUUUUCAACAAAAUUCAGCCCAGUUUUAACAGACAGCUAGAUACCUUAUCUGUUCUUUGCUGUUAUCAGCUGCUCCAACAACAAAGUGACACUUAAAAUAGAAAGUGUAAUUUUACUUUUCUAAAAAUCAAUUUUCAUUAAACCCCCUCAUGUUUAGAUCACAUUCUGAGCAGCUUGCCAUGAAAAGACUGGGUGAUCUGCCUACACUGGGCCAUUGGUAAGCCACCAACCUACUGAGUUCUUAGUAUGGCACAGUUUUUGUCUGGAUGAAAAAUUCCCCUUUAACAGUAUCUUGUACUGUUAAGUUAUGCAUUUCUUAUAAUUCCAAUGUAAGAAAUCAUGGAGUUUAAUUAUUUAAACCAGAGCUAGCCAGUACUGCUGCUGGGUUAAUGAGUUUGUCCACAUAGCACUCUCACAUCCAGACUGUGGAGGUUGGACAGAAGCACUACAUUCAUGUUAUUUUUUCCCUAAAUUCUGACUCACAACCCAUGUCAGACUAGUGCUUUGUGACUGUAUGACAUCCAGAUUCACACAGACUAACUCCAUCUGUCAGAGGUAACACAUAAAUAAACUUUGGUUUUUGGUGUUAUGUCCUCUCCUGACAAACUGCACUUUCCAAUUUGCUGGAGGAGGGCUGAGAAGUCUUGUCUGAGUGGUUCAGUGGUGUCAGGUCAGACAAACUGAACCAAUCCAAAUUCGAAAUAAACUACACCAAACCUGUGUCCUGUGAAGGCACAUUAUGUAUAUGCACAGCUUGGAACAGUAAGGCAGUGGAAAAACCUUUGAAGAGUCAUCCUGCUCAUGAAAAUGACUGUACGAUCAGCUGUGGACCAUUGUAGAAAUCCCAGUGUUUACUCAAAGCUUGAAGUUUUAUUGCACCUCUGUUGUUCCAUCCAAAAGAAUUGACAAAUCAUCAGACAGUGCAGGGAAUAACACAAGACAGAAGAUCUGUUCUACAGUACAUUUGUGUGCAGUAAGGAUACAUUUCAUAGGUAAAUACAGUAUUAAAUGCCCAAUCGUGGUAACUGCUGAAAUCUCAGAUUGUGGUGUUAUUGCUACAAAGGGGUCUCACAAACAGUCAGGUGAAACAUAUUUGGAAGAGAAAAUGAAGGCAAACUGUAAUUGUGAUUAAAGCUUAUAGACCAACUUUCUGCCUCAAGUUUGACUGUACAGAGUCUCAGAUCUCAGCAGUUACUAAAAUUAAGACUCAAGCUGCAAUAAGAAUAAUAUUAUAAUACUUAUGCCACAACUACCACUUACAAUGGGUUGUAAAGUGUAGUUUCUGUCAUGAAGUGGCGUAAUGGAGAGUUGGGCCAUGAUUUAACAGCUGGCAAGAUUUGUAAUAUGACUAGCUGUGACAAAGCAAUAUGACGCCUCUUAGUAUUUGUUUAGUUAGUCCAGAAAUCACAUUGUUCAUUCUAAACUCCAGUUUAUAAAAUAUAUAUAAUACUAAAUAGAAUAUAGUAUGGAUCAUAUUGAUACACUGAUUAGUUGACCCAGUGUUAUGCUGAGAGGAGAACAGAGCUGACCUUGAUGUUGAUCUGUAACUUCCCUGUGCUCAUUUUGUGUGAAUUGAUGUUGUGAAGCAGUUGAGGAGGUGAAAUGAUGCGUUUAGCCUAAAAUAUCUAAAAGUUCAUUGUUUGAAAUCACUUCCAGUUGCUUAGACAUGUGGGAGAGGAUGAUAUCACUCUGGAAAAAAAUAUGACAUUGUCCAUCUUUGUUUUUUGUUUUUUGUUUUUUUUUAAAGUACACUAGUUUACAUAUCGUAGCUUUAAUUUUAUUUUGUUGUGCAACAUUGUUCAACAAAUGACUUGAGUUAAAUAAGAUAAAGACUUAAAAAUGUCCUGUACUGCAAUGAAACACCUCUCUUCUGUUCAAACUUAAGCACAGUUUGAAUUCACAAUAGCAAUCAUGUUGGUUUGAUAAUCAAAGUUAUUGAUACCGUAUUUGAUUUUCAUUAUUUUUAUGAUGUUGUUGGUGUUUACACGAAAGGUUUUGGUUAAUUUGUAUUCCCAUUCUUAUGCCAAAAGUCUGAAGAAGAAAAGAGGCUCAAAACAACACGUGCAACUGAUGUAGGUCAGUGACUGGUGAUAUGGAAGCUAAUGUGUCUUUGAUCAAUAAUAAACAGAGACCAGGGGAUUCA